GUGUAAGUGUGUAAGGUAGGAUCCUAGACCACCUCUGUGGCCCUUGUUAGUGUGACAGUGGCUCAGGGGUCCUGGGCACCCUGCUCAGCGUCCUGCCCCUCCCUCCCUCCUGCCUCCCACCUUCUUAGCGCCUGCCCCUGCACUCAUUCAGGUAUUAAUAGAGCGGGCGGCUGCCAGGAAGGCUGCCAUGUGUUUGAUCUGACGUGGUUGUGCAGCCAUAUGUUCUCCACUUCAGGGGAGCACCCCCUCCUUCCCUUCCUCAGCCUCCCUUCGUUUGGCGGGGUGGGGUACAGGUGGGUGCCGGCAACAGUGUGGGGUCUGGGCUGGCACCUUGGGUGGAGAGCUGGCAGCCUGUUGCACCGGGUGGGUACAGCAAUCAUUCUCUAGGCAGCGCCUGCCCCACCAGGGUGAGAACUCCCUGCUGUUUCAGCCUGGCUUCACGGCUGGGAUCAGCCCAGACUCCGGCAGCCUGGUUGCCAGGCCUUUUGGUGGUUGGGCCUAAAUUUACAUUGUCCAGGAGGGUGGAAUGGGGAAGAGGCACUUGCACAGAGCUGGGGAGAACUUGGCAGUGACAGAAAUAGUGCCUGGAGAGUUGUCAUGCUCCUUUUCCAAGCCCAAGUCCAGGCUACCUUCUCUUCCACUUUGUCCUACCUAAGCCUCCUUGGCCAUUGGCUGAGAAUGAGCCCUCUGAUACAAAAGCUAGGUCUGGAAGAGAAUGGGGGAUAUUUCCAGUGACAGGGCCUCAGGCAGGCUGACACAUUCUCCUUUCCACCCCUCAGGCCUGAAGCUCCUGGGAGCCCCGGUGAAGCUGACAGUGUCACAGGGACAGCCGAUGAAACUCAACUGUAGCAUGGAGGGGAUGAGUGAGCCUGAGAUACACUGGAUGAAGGACGGGUCUCUGGUCCAGAGUGUGGACCAGGUGUUUAUGCCAAUCAGUGAGCAGCACUGGAUCAGCUUCCUCAGCCUGAAGUCAGUGGAGCGCUCUGACGCAGGCCAGUACUGGUGCCAGGUGAAGAAUAAGGGAAAAAUCCAGACCUCCCAGCCAGUGUGGCUCAUGGUAGAAGGUGUGCCAUUUUUCACUGUGGAGCCCAAAGAUCUGGCCGUGCUACCCAAUGCCUCUUUCCAACUGUCUUGUGAAGCCUUGGGUCCCCCUGAGCCUGUUACCAUUGUCUGGUGGAGAGAGGGCAGAAAGGUUGGAGGACCCACUCCCUCUCCCUCCGUUUUAAAUGUUACAGGGGUGACCCAGAGCACUGUGUUCUCCUGCGAAGCUCACAACCCCAAAGGCCUGGCCUCCUCCCGCCCAGCCACUGUGAGUCUUCAAGUACUGCCUACAGCCCCUUCCAACAUCACAGUGACGAAGCUCUUCAGCAGAAAUGCUAGUGUGGCCUGGAUGCCAGGUGCUGAUGGCCAAGCCCUACUCCGAUCCUGCACGGUGCAGGUGACUCAAGCCCUAGGAGGCUGGGAAGUCCUGGCUGUCGUGGUGUCUGUGCCACCCUUUACCUGCCUGCUCCGGGAUCUGUCUCCUGCCACCAACUACAGACUCAGGGUGCGCUGUACCAAUGCCUUGGGGCCCUCUCCUUACGCUGACUGGGUUCCUUUUCGGACAAAGGGCCUAGCCCCAGCCAGCGCUCCCCAGAACCUCCAUGCCAUCCUCACAGACUCAGGCCUCAUCCUGGAGUGGGAAGAUGUGAAACCUGAGGGCCCUAUGGAAGGCCCCUUGGGGACCUAUAAACUGUCCUGGGCUCAAGACAAUGGAACCCAGAAUGAGCUGACAGUGGAGGGGACCAGGGUCAACUUGACAGGCUGGGAUCCCCAGAAGGACCUGACUGUGUACGUGUGCGUCUGCAAUGCCGUUGGCUGUGGGCCCUGGAGUCAGCCUCUGGUGAUCUCUUCUCACGACCACUCAGGCCAGCAGGGCCCUCCCCACAGCCGGACAUCCUGGGUGCCUGUGGUCCUGGGUGUGCUCACUGCCCUGGUGACAGCUGCUGCCCUGGCCCUCAUCCUGCUUCGAAAGAGGCGGAAGGACACACGAUUUGGGCAAGCCUUUGACAGUGUCAUGGCUCAGGGGGAGCCAGCUGUUCACUUCCGGGCAGCCCGAUCCUUCAACCGGGAAAGGCCUGAGCGCAUCGAAGCCACAUUGGACAGCUUGGGUGUCAGCGAUGAACUGAAGGACAAACUGCAAGAUGUGCUCAUCCCAGAACAGCAGUUCACCCUGGGCCGGAUGUUAGGCAAAGGAGAGUUUGGUUCAGUGCGGGAGGCCCAGCUGAAGCAGGAGGAUGGCUCCUUUGUGAAGGUGGCAGUGAAGAUGCUGAAAGCUGACAUCAUCGCCUCAAGUGACAUUGAAGAGUUCCUCAGGGAAGCGGCUUGCAUGAAGGAGUUUGACCACCCACACGUGGCCAAGCUUGUUGGGGUCAGCCUCCGGAGCAGGGCCAAGGGCCGUCUCCCCAUCCCCAUGGUCAUUCUGCCCUUCAUGAAACAUGGGGACCUGCAUGCCUUCUUGCUCGCCUCCCGGAUUGGGGAGAACCCCUUUAACCUGCCCCUCCAGACCCUGAUCCGGUUCAUGGUAGACAUUGCCUGCGGCAUGGAGUACCUGAGCUCCCGGAACUUCAUCCACCGAGACCUAGCUGCUAGGAAUUGCAUGCUGGCAGAGGACAUGACGGUGUGCGUGGCCGACUUUGGUCUUUCCCGGAAGAUCUACAGUGGGGACUACUAUCGUCAGGGCUGUGCCUCCAAAUUGCCUGUCAAGUGGCUGGCCCUGGAGAGCCUGGCGGACAACCUGUAUACUGUGCACAGUGACGUGUGGGCCUUUGGGGUGACCAUGUGGGAGAUCAUGACUCGUGGGCAGACGCCAUAUGCUGGCAUCGAGAAUGCUGAGAUUUACAACUACCUCAUCGGCGGGAACCGCCUGAAACAGCCCCCAGAGUGCAUGGAGGACGUGUAUGAGCUCAUGUACCAGUGCUGGAGUGCGGACCCCAAGCGGCGCCCAACCUUCACGUGCCUGCGAAUGGAACUGGAGCACAUCCUGGGCCACCUGUCCGUGCUGUCCAGCAGCCAGGACCCCCUGUACAUCAACAUCGAGAGAGCUGAGGGGCCUGGCGGGGAUCAGGCCAGCAACGGGGCUGGAGAUGGCAGUGGCUUGGGAGCAGUGGGAGGCGUCCCCAGUGAUUGUCGGUACAUCCUUAGCCCCGAGGGGCUGUCUGAGCAGCCUGGGCAGGAGGAGCAGCAGCCGGAGACCCCUGUCAGCGAGGGCCAGAGGCUGCUGCUACAGCAGCAAGGGCUACUACCCCACAGUAGCUGUUAGCCCACAGGCAGAGGGCAGCUGGGGCCACGCGCUGGCUCCACUGGCUUCUGUGCUGGCUGACUAAGCCCACCUCUGACCCCAGCCCAGCAGCAAGGUGUGGAGGCUCCUGUGGUAGUCCUCCCAAGCUGUGCUGGGAAGCCUGACUGACCAAAUCGCCUAAUCCCAGUUCUUCCUGCAGCCACUCUGUGGCCAGCCUGGCAUCAGUUCAGCCCUUGGCUGGGUGGAGGUAGGCCAAGCCUGGUUGUCUGAACCCAGGCAGCUGGCAGAAGGGAGGUGGUGGUGGUGAUGUUUCCAUGGUUACCAUGGGUGUGGAUGGGAGUGGGGGGAGGGUAGAUCUGGCCCUGUGGGCCCCUACCCUCCCAGCUGAGCUGCCUCUGCUUCUUUAGGGUAUGCAUUGAGCCCUCCAGCCUGGGGACCCUGCUGGGCCCACCACGCCUGGGUUUAAAUGGCCAAGUUUGCCCCUUGUGUCAUCCUCCUUUAGGUGAGAGUUGGUACAGUCAGAUCCUGAGGCCUGUGGUAGGAGGCAGUGGGACACACACCUUCCUGAUUCCUCACCUUGCCUAGGCCAGGAGAAGUGGGCGCCACUUCAUUGCGGCUGACCUGGCCACACCAGGGGCAUGCUGGGGAGCCACAGGCUGCCCGUCUUCUAAAGGCAGUGCGCUGAGCCCAGCAAGAGGAGGGGGCGCCAUGGGGCUUGCCCAGGAUGAGGGAGGCCAGAGAGGAGUCCAGGAGCCCUUCUCCCUGUCCUCCACAGUCUGAGCAUGCCACCAAAUCCCAAGUAUCCUAAGACUAACAAAGGCAGCUGUGUCUGAGCCCAGCCCUUCCAUCCAGUGUCCUUAGUCCCAACUUCCCCUCUAACUGAAGACCCUCUUCUGUCCCAAGUCUCCUGAGGGAGAAUAGGCCUGAUGGCUGGUGUGGGUGAGGGGAAGUUAUAGGAGCCUAGACCCCAGCCUGGGCCAGGGGAGCCUUGGGGAAUGCAUGGGGUGCGUCCUUGUUGUUAGGGACAUUGCCAAGCUGUUAGAUGCUGUUUAAAAACAGAAAUAAAAUUGAAAACUAAAGACCCAAGAUUUUGUCUCUUAAAUGUUUGCUUUUUUCCCAGAUGACAAAAAUGAAGUAUCUCUGCAUAAAGAAAAGUCUGGGAAGACAUAUGCCAAAAUGUUAACAGCUGUUAUCUUUAUAUGAUGUGAUUAAGGGGACUUUUCUUUGUGCUUUCCGAGUUUCCGGAGUUGAACAGAAAAUGGCUUUUGUAAUUACCAAAGACCCCCAAUACAUCUCAUUAUGUUAAAAAUAAUCUCUGUAGACGAGUAGGAAAACACAGAAAAUCAUAAAGAUGUGAAUUACCUAUGAUCCCACCACCUAGAGAUAACCAUUGUUGACUUUUUGAAAAUCCAAAUAUUUUGAAAUAGUUUACUUCUUUUAUCUUGGAACAAGGACGAAGAGGCCAUCUUUGCUGUCUCCAACCUCUCUAUCAAGGAGUCAUGAUGGCGCAACAGUUAAGUACUCGGCUGCUAACUGAAAGGUCACUUGUUUGUACCCACCCUAGCCACUCCGCUGGAAGAAAACACCUGACCAUCUGCUUCUGUAAAGAUUACAGCCUAGAAAGCCCUAUGGGGCAGUUCUACCCUGUCCUAUAGUCAUACUGAGUCAGAAUUGACUU